UCGCUCGCUCACUCUCGCUGACAGGCUCUAAUGGACGCCCCGCGCGGCUGUGGUUGUGGGACGGCCCACACAGCGCUACGCUCAGUGUGGAUGAGCGCUGAGAGAGGAGAGCCACUAGUGCUGUGGGGAAACGACGGCAGCCUUCUCCCAGGCUACGCCUCGGACCGCGAGGGAAUAAAUUACAGCCGACAUUCUUCAAGACUGAAGAAAUGAAGCUCAACAACAACUCAACAAUUUCGACAAAACAAAAAUGACUUUUUUUUACCUUUGGGUCUCAACAUACUGGCAAUUGGUACAUAUGAUACUGGAACAGGAACAAAUUAAAUCAAAGGACAACUUAUAUUUUCAAAUCUAAUUAUUCUAACUUGAUGAAAGCAUCCAAAAUUAAGAUAUAUUUUAAUUAAUAAUAUUUGAUACAAGUGUUCAUCACACAUAACUGGUAAAAGCCUAAAUAUAUUGUGGACAUAUUUUUGACAAAUUCUGGCCACUGGCACUGGAAAUGAAUUAUAUAUAUUAUAUGUGCCAAUACAGUAUUUCAUGUCGAUACAUUAUGUGGCCUUUUAUCAUAAAGUACAUAAAUCUGUCAUAAUGAAGCCUGACACAGAGAUACAGUGAUUUUAAAAAUGUGACACAAUGAGUCAGCAUUGUACCAUUAUGAACCAUGACACAGAGAUGCAGUGAUAGAUUUAAGAAUGUGGAACAAUGAGUGAGUAAUGUUCCAUUAUGAGGCGUGACACAGAGACAGUGACAGAUUUAAGAACGUGGAACAAUGAGUCAGUGAUUCAGUCCAUUCCGCCAGAACAUAUUUACACAUGCUGAGAAGAGAAUGUGGUUCUUCCAUGUCAAGCAGACACCAAAUGGAGAUGAUGCCAUUGACUGACAGAUAGGAUAGUAUCGGGUUUGAAAGUCAAAGCUUAGUCGACACUGCUCAGAUUCAAUGAAAGGAGGAGGGGCACUGAACAGCUGGUGAUUCUCAUUCGUCAGACUGCAUGGAAACCAGUCCUUUAUAGACGUCAAUCAAGAAGGCCAGGCCCCAACAAGGACAUUGACCUCUGCAUUAUCUAACCAAGGAAAUUAAGUAUGUUCAGAGCUAAAAGCCAGGCAAUGAACGCUGGUAACUGAGCGGCAAUGUUGGACACACCUUGUCCCAAUUACUUGCGAUGGACACUUUCUCUUGAGAUGGACACUAUCUUUUGAGAUGGACAGACAUAAAGGAGGAAUCGAAUCCGUUAAAAACUUUUGUUUUCAACCGAUCGCAAGCAGCUUGAGAAAAAUGGCAGAUCAGGUACACCUCUAGCCGACAGAGAGUGAGGGACCUCUGAUGUAACUCUGGAGGGGGGGGGUACCAUGCUGCGGCGGGGGACUAUGAACUUAGUGGUCCGCUCAGGCGUGUUCCUGGUGGCGGUAUGCUCCGCCCUGUCCCUCCUCUACAUGCUCGCCUGCAGCCCGCCCUCUGCAGAGAGACUGUCCCUCCUGCCCCGGGCCGACGUCCCGGCGGACAAGGAGUCGUACCAGGCCCUCCUGCAGGAGCGGGAGGAGCAGCACCGCCGCUACGUCAACAGCCUGGAGAAGCAGGUCUCCCAGCUGCAGGAGGCGCUGGAGGAGCGCAGCCGGCAGCUGGAGGACCUGAGGAAGUCCCUGGGGCAGGAGGAGACGCUGACGCUGCUCGCGGAGUCCCCGAACAGGCUGGGGGGCGGGCCGGGGGGCAGCGUGGACCUCGAGGAGUUCUUCCAGAGCCAGCUGGACCGGGCCGAGGUCCGGGCGGGGACCAAGAUCCCCAGCGAGUACGCGCUGGUGCCCUUCGAGGCCUUCACGCUCCACCGGGUCUACCAGCUGGAGACCGGCCUCACCCGGCACCCCGUGGAGAAGCCCGUUCGCAAGGACCGGCGGGACGAGCUGGCCAGCGCCAUCGAGGCCGGCCUGCAGGCGCUGAACACGCCCUGGGAGAGGGACGACCCGACCCAUCGGCGGGUCUAUUCGCCCAGCGACUUCAUCGAAGGUAUUUCUCGGACGGAGAAAGACAAGGGGACCGUGUACGAGCUCACCUUCAAGGGCGACCGGAGCCGCGAGUUCAGAAGGCUGGUGUUCUUCCGUCCGUUCGGGCCGCUGAUGAAGGUGACGAGCGAGCGCGUGCGCACGGACAGCGUGCUCAUCAACAUCGUCGUGCCGCUGGCCAAACGCGUCGACAAGUUCCGACAGUUCAUGCGUAACUUCAGGGAAGUCUGCAUUCGCCAGGACGGCCGAGUCCACCUCACCGUGGUGUACUUUGGGAAGGAGCAGAUUAAUGAGGUGAAAGGGAUACUCAGGACGACAUCAAAAGAGAUGAACUUCAGGAACUUCACCCUCAUCCAGCUGAACGAGGAGUUCUCGCGUGGGCGGGGCCUGGAUGUGGGGGCGCGGUCCUGGAAACAUGGCAACGUCCUCCUCUUCUUCUGCGACGUGGACAUCUACUUCUCCGCCGAGUUCCUCAACUCCUGCCGACUGAACGCGAAGCCUGGCAAAAAAGUGUUCUACCCAGUCCUCUUCAGCCAGUAUAAUCCAAGCCUGAUUUAUGGCAACAAUAGCAUUCCACCUUUACAACAGCAGCUGUUGAUUGAUAAAAACACUGGAUUCUGGAGAGAUUUCGGUUUUGGAAUGACAUGCCAGUAUAGGUCGGAUUUCAUCAACAUCGGUGGGUUUGACGUGGACAUCAAGGGCUGGGGCGGGGAGGACGUGCACCUGUACAGGAAGUACCUGCACAGCCUGCUGCUGGUGGUGCGCGCCCCGUCCCGCGGCCUGGUGCACCUGUGGCACGAAAAGAGCUGCUCCGCCCAGCUCCCGCCCGAGCAGUACAGGAUGUGCCUGCAGUCCAAGGCCAUGAGCGAGGCCUCGCACGGCCUUCUGGGAACGCUCUUCUUCCGCCGCGAGCUCCAGGAACACCAGCAGCGUCAGCAGGGUCUCCGGGGCGACGGGAGCCGGUCCUGACAGGACGGGGGGGUGGGGGGGGGGUGGGUAGCCGAGGGAGUGUGGCAGACAGAGUCCUGACGGGACAGGGGGUGGGACGCCGAGGGGAUGUGGUGGACCGAGUCCUGAAAGGAUGGUGUGGAAGCACAGAGGACAGUUAGGAAAGAGGCCUUGUUGUUAUUGAAGAAGCCGUGGGAUGGUGGGAGAAUCAGACUCAGGAGCAACGUAUCAAAUGAUCAAUGAGUGCGAUGUUGAUCAGACGCAGAAUGAAGAAAUUAGCGGAUGACAGAGGCCUCUGGGUGGGAGGGCUGUUCUGGGAUCAGCCUUCUCUUGUCCACGUCUGACCCAUUAUCCACUCAGAGCCAAAAUGCUAAACUGAUCCUGGAUCAGCUCACCUACUCUGAGACGCUAAAUGAAAAACGGGGGGGAGGGGGGGAUUAGGAAGAGGAGAAGAAAUGAAGGGAUCGACUAGUGUGUGGGGUUGGGGUUAGACUGAGAAGAAGACAAGAGGACGUGAGAGGAUCAGAGACAAAGGCACAGGAGAGUCUGGGAGGAACCCAGGCAUGGUGUACCAGGAGGAAGGAAAUGGUUUUGUCUGUGUCCCUGCUGAGCCUUAUUGAUCCCCUUCUCUCCUGAGCACCUCCCUCUCCGAUGCUGCUGCUGCCCCCCGCCCCCCGCCCCCCGAAUUCUGCAUGAGUGGAGCGGAGAUCCUAGUGCAUUUAAAAUUCACUGUAAUUGUAAAAAUGUAUUAUUUUAAAAAAAUAUAUAGAUAAGAGCUUCAUGUAUUGGAUCCCUCCUUUUUGAGGGACACGGAAACAGGUGCAGUCCCUCCCAUUCAGCCCUUCUGAAGUGUCCUUUGCACUGGCACAUGCCAGGCUGAUCUUCCUUGGUGUGAGAGUUAAAAACCAGGUAACUGCACCUCGUGUCACGUGGCACAAUAUAGUGUAAAUUUAAUCAUUUUUGUUACUCAGACGAAUAAUGCCAUGUAAGGCUGACUUGAGCUCAAGACUUAUUAAACACUCAGUGGUAUCGACUUUGACUGGAACAGAUAUAUAUAUGUCACAUAUAUGUUGUUAGGUCUUCUUUUACAUUGUAAGUAUAAGUAAUGUUCAUUACACCAUUCUAAUACCCUUAUUCUCAUAGAAUAAUUAUAAUUAUGCAUUUUGUUAAAUUUUAUUUUCCACAGCACUUUUGGGUACAUGGAAAUUGGUUAAAAUUUGAAUGAGCAAUGUGAUGAUGCAAUUGAAGAAUGACUGGAAUCGCAGAUAUUCACUGUAAAUGAAUUUAAGUGUGAACAUGCAAUUGUGAUUAGGACCUGUCAAUUCUCAUUCUAUUUAUAUGAAAUGUUCAUUUAUGAUUUAUUAUGAAAAUAGUUCAAAAGGGGAAAAGUAUUUUGUUAUGAGAAAAUAAAUUGUAAUAUCUUAUUUUGGGGAAUUGUAGUUAAGGUAACGUACUUCCGUUUUCUGUUACAUUGUUUGCAUGAAGCUUGAACCUGCACACGAGAUGACAGUAGUCAUCAUAUCCAGGAUAUAGGCACAAGCCUAUUUACAGCAAAAAUUUAAGGAAUGCAAACAAUAAAUGCCUUGUAAUUGAC